CCCCAACUGCAGGCGCGGUAUGCAGGGAGUGGAAGUACUCUCUCGCUUAGUAGAGAGCUUGAGGACUGAUUGAGCUCGGUGGGAAGGAUGGCCAAACAAUUGCUAGAUAAACAAAGAGAAGCGGAGGAAGCGAAUCAAGCUGCCGAGGCUAAGGCAAGGAAGGAGGAGGAAGAGAAGGCCGCGAAAGAAGAAGAAACCAGGAUUGCGCUGGAGAAGAAGCUCGCAAAGGAAGAUAAAGAGAAAAAGAGACAGUGGGAGCUGAAGAAGAUCCUGGCCAAGCAAGCAGAAGAGUACGAGCUGAAGUUGGCGAAGUUGGUUGGGCUAAGCGAGAAGAUGAAGGGCAUUACCAUCGGAAAGAAGAAGAAAGGGAAGGUUAUCGAAACACCGCCAUCGAGUGAUGAAGAAGCCGAGGAAGAUGAAACUGAGGAAGAAGCGACCCCAUUGAAGGACAAAAGGAAGCGACAAGACUCUACAGGAGCUGUGCAAAAUAGCCCUCCAGUCGAAACGCCGAAGAAACAAGGAAGGAAGGAGGGUGUGGAGAUCCCUGCAAGUCAGAAGCGUAAGGGGCGAGGGAGACCUACAAAAGCAGAUGCUCAGACUACGAGAAUAGCGAAGGGAGAAGAUCCAUGGGAAGGUGUGCCCAUGGGAGAGAAGUUUGCGACUAAAGCUGCGUACCGGAAAGCGGUGCGGAAGACGAUCGGCUCAUUUUACCCCGAAACAUUGAAGGCGAUGUGCAAGGGGGCGGGGUUGCCAUUCUACGGAGUAAACGAUGCGAUUGAUACCCUGUCUGAAUUGCGUGUUACAUAUUGCUAUCGAGGAAAGAAGUCUGAAAGCUCUAGGUCAAGCCGGCCAGUAGAUGAAGAACAGAUAAGGGAAGAAGCUCAGGAUCCCCAGGGUGAACCAGACAUGUAAGGCCGAAGAAUGGGGUAUUCUAUUGAAGUUCUGCGAG